UACAUUGGGUCGAAUCUGAAUCCCAACACCGAAUUUAGGGAACGAGGGAGAGGCCAAUCCGUCGUGUUCGUCAUCCUUGUCCCCUGUUGGCAGCUCUCCUGUGACGUCACAGUACGGUCUCAGCGAGUGAGGCCGCUGGUUGGUGGCGCAGUAAGCAGUCAGCGGCCCGGCAGGUAGAGGCUCCCCGCCCAGCUCUCAGUAAGCAGUCAGCGGCCCGGCAGGUAGAGGCUCCCCGCCCAGCUCUCAGUAAGCAGUCAGCGGCCCGGCAGGUAGAGGCUCCCUGCUCAGCUUCAUGUAAGCAGUCAGCGGCCCGGCAGGUAGAGGCUCCCUGCUCAGCUUCAUCCAGAUUCGUCAUCUACGUUGAAGACAAGAAUGUACCUGUCGUAAACUUCAGCCCCGAAAACGUACUUGUGGACUGAAGUGGCGUGUGUUCACCUGACGUCCCGAAACCAACGGAGGGCUACCACGGGUAAGGGCCUGCAGCUAGAGUAUGAUGACAAAGACCUCAAGUCAGGAUUCAACGCCAGGGCUCAUCAGCAGGGUGCGGGAAAUGCGAACCCCAUGUGAGACAUUUCAGGCGAGCACACCGGACGCUGGCGGAAAGCAACAGCAUCUGCUAGAGCCGGUGCUAGAGCCACUUCAAACACAUUCCGGGCCUGCUGACACAGACCCGGCACCUCCCGAGUCGUUGGCCUCAGAGUCAGAGAUACACGACUCGGCGUACAGCUGGGUGGUGAUGGGCGCAGUAGCGCUGCAGAUGGUGCUAACCGGGGGUAUCAUGAAGUCCUUUGGCCUGAUCAUGCUGGCGCUGAUGCGGGACCGUGGCCUCUCGGCAGCCCAAGCAGUCACCAUACCGGGCAUCUUCCUCGGCAUUCAGCGCCUGGGGGCUCCGCUGGCCGCGUUGAUGUGUCGCCGACUGUCCGAGAGGCAUGUGGCCCUGCUCGGCAGCCUCUGCUGCACGCUAGGUCUGGGUCUGAGUGCCCUGGCCGACGUCGCUCGCGUGCUUUACCUCACCAACGGGGUUCUGUUCGGAGCUGGCCUUUGCCUCUGUAUGACGUCCAGCUUGAUAAUACUGCAGCAGUACUUCGACAAGCGACGUGGUCUAGCCACCGGCAUCAUGGCAGCCUCGUUCCCCGUCGGAGGCGUAGUCUUCCCGCCUUUGAUAAAUCUCCUGCUGAACGAGUUCGGCAUGGGUGGCACCUAUCUGCUGCUCUGUGGACUGUUAAUGCACAUGUUCGUCUCGUCGAUGCUGUACCGGCCGCCGCAUACGCAGAGGAUGAUCAUGCGAUUGGACAGAAAGCGACUGCUGCGAAAGAAGUGUAAAACACCCGAUACCUUAUGCACGAACAAAAGCCACAGCGAGAGACAGCACCUACCCGUGAGCCAGGACAUCCAGGCGGCCGUCACUGAUUCGGAGCUGAGCUGUGCUGCCAACGGCAGCCCGGCGGUGGCCGUCAUACUGCCACCUGCGGUCAACGGCCGCUGGGCGCAGCUGUUGCGCAUGCUGGACCUGAAGCUGCUUGCCGACCCGCUCUUCUUGUCGUGCACGUUCUGGGCUUUCAUGGUCUGCACUGGUUUUCCACACAUGAACAUGCUCCUGCCGAGCUUCGGCUCGCAAGAAAUCAAAAUGAGCCGCGACCGCAUGGCCAAUAUGGUGGCCUUCAUGGCGCCCAUCGAGUUUGUGAGCUCGCUGGCGUUCGGCGCCGUGUUUGACCGCCGGCUCUUCCACAAGCGCUACGGCUGCAUCAUCACCAGCAUGGUUGGAGGCACCGCUGCACUGGCGAUGGUGUUCGUGCGAUCGAGCGCUGGUCUGUACGUCUUUGCCGCUCUCGGGUACAUGACCAGCGGCAUUAUACUCGUAGCGGUGCCGUUGUUGUUGGUUGAGUAUUACGGUGAGGAACGAAUCUCGUCAACGUCAACACUGUGUGCCGCGUUGGCGAGUCUGGCGAGCAUGACGUCGAUGCCCUUGGGCGGCCUGCUGCGCGAGGCGACCGGCUCACACCGUCCGGUAUUUGCUGUGAUCUCGGCGUGCGUGCUGAGCGGCGGUCUCUCUGUGCUGCUGCACCCCAUCAUCAUACGUACUUGGCCUCAGCGAGCGCCGAAAGCAGCUUGACAAUCUCAUCAUCAUACGUGCUUGGCCGCAACGAGCGCCGAUGGUUGCCUGACGAAAGUUUUUUGGGCGUGAUUUUGGUGUGAGCCUUAAUCAAACCACAACA